CGCCAUUUGAUUUUUAUUUGAAUCGAAUUAGAUACACAAAGUCGAUUUUACACGAGGUUUAACACGGUAAUUUAAAGCAGAGGAUUAAGCUAGGGUUAGAAUGAGAGAAGAAAGAUGGAGUCCAAAAACGACUACGUAAAGGAAGAGAAAGAGGGUUUAGAUUUUGAGAAGACCGUGGUUGUUGGCUAUGCUCUUACGAACAAGAAGAUUAAGAGCUUCCUGCAACCCAAGCUUCUGAGUCUCGCUAGGAGUAAGGGUAUUUCCUUUGUUGCUAUUGACCAAACUAGGCCACUUUCAGAUCAAGGUCCGUUUAACAUUCUUCUACACAAGCUGUCAGGAAAGGAGUGGCGAAAAAGUCUUGAGGAUUUUCGGCAGAUGCAUCCUGAAGUUACAGUGCUUGAUCCUCCAAAUGCCAUACAUCAUCUAUAUAACCGCCAAUACAUGCUCCAAGAUGUUGCUGAUCUGAACUUUUCUGGUGCAUAUGGCAUAGUUCGUGUGCCAAAACAGUUGGUGAUUAAAAAGGAUCCGUCGUCUAUACCUGAAGCAGUUAGUAAAGCUGGGCUGAUUUUACCCCUUGUUGCAAAGCCUCUGGUGGUAGAUGGAACUGCGAAGUCACAUGAGUUGGCAUUGGCUUAUGAUCAGCACUCUCUCCAAAUGCUAGAAACCCCACUCGUACUUCAGGAAUUUGUUAAUCAUGGAGGAAUUCUCUUCAAGGUUUAUAUUGUUGGGGAAGCCAUCAAGGUUGUGCGGCGUUUCUCAUUGCCUGAUGUUAGCAAACAAGAAUGGUCUAAAAAUGCUGGUGUUUUUCGAUUUCCAAGGGUUUCUUGUGCGGCGGCUAGUGCAGAUGAUGCAGAUCUAGACCCAUCUAUUGCUGAGCUUCCUCCAAAGCAUCUACUUGAGAAACUUGCUCAGGAACUUCGACACCGCCUGGGUCUACAUCUUUUUAAUUUAGACAUUAUCCGAGAGCGUGGUAGCAAAGACCGAUUCUAUGUCAUUGACAUAAACUAUUUUCCUGGAUAUGGAAAGAUAUCAGACUAUGAACACAUUUUCACGGACUUUCUUCUCAGUUUGAUGCAAAACAAGAACAAGACAAACUCAACUGGUGCAUGCUAAAGAAGCUUCGGAUAUACCAAAACUGUGCACAAAUCAUGGAAAUAUGAUUUCCACUCAUACAAGUCAAUGCAAUGAAAGACCUGGAUUGAGAUUAUAAACAGAGAACAAUGUUGAGUCGUAGUAAUUCGACCGUCUCAGAUCAGGAUUUUCAAUCCCCUUGGCAAGUCUGUACAUGCUCUCACCCGCAAAAGCUAUCAUGCCUGAUUCACUAUUCAACAUAUUUGCAAAUACAAUGGUUGGUUCUGUUAUGUGCAUCAUGUGUUUACUGUUUAGUGGAGUGGUUCAGACCAGUUUGCAAAAUGUUUCAAGUUAAAAUGCAUUUUGUUUUUUAACAAAUCCCUGUCAUUGUUGAUUUUAGUAUGAAUCUCAGAUAUAAGAUCUCUGCUAUGAGCUCA